AUGGUUCACGUCAGGCUUUUUAGCCGCUUUGCUGAGCUAGAAAUCGUCUCCAAAUCAACUACCACAUUAGUCAUGAGACAGUAUUCCGAGAGGCAGUGUCUAAUCAGGGAAAUCUUAAUGAUACUAUUACGGCUGGAGUAUGAAGAAACAGAUUUGAUGGUCAAGCGGGCAGUUGGAAUCAGGCCUCUACAAUUGAUGGCCGAGCUUGCAUUCCCCCAUAGUCAAAUCCUGCAGACCACCUACAACGCCUUGUUCAGCGACGAGACUGAGUAUCAGGACCUUCUGCAGUACAUGUUAUCGAACCGAUACCUAGAGCCACGGGGGGCGCCAAAAUCACAAGGAGAAUUUGAUAUUGAAAGGCUUUUCGACAUGUCGGAUAACGACUUCCGACAGGCAGCAAGAACAACCAAACACGGUUUCAUUAAAGUGCUCGAUACGAUUUUUGACAAUGAAGUUUUUCAUUGUGGGGGGCAUAGACCUCAGCUACCAAUUCCUCAUCAACUUGCUCUUACGCUUGAACGACUUGGUUCGAAUGGCAACGGUGCCUCUGUAGGCCAGUUCUCUCGAAAUCUGCAAGUUGCUCGAGGUACUGUAGUAAAGGUAACCCGUCGGGUCAUCGAGGCUCUCAUAUCAAUGGGACGGGUGUACGUCCAAUGGCCUGAUAAGGAUCGACGUGCCGAGAUAUCGGAAGUUAUGCGAAUGGAGGGGUUUUCUGGAUGUGUUGGGUUUGUUGACGGUACUACUAUCCCAAUCUUCCAACGCCCAGGAUUUGAUGGCGAGACGUUUUUCGAUCGCAAGAAACGAUACUUUAUGAAUGCUCAGAUUGUGUGUGAUUGUGAUAGGUUCAUCACAUCUUUCAUCUCUGGAUGGCCAGGAUCAUGUGGUGAUAGUAAGGUCUACCAGCGGAUGCAGCUCCAUCAGAACCCAUCACAAUUCUUUGAUCAGGGUUAUGAGCCCAGAGCCUACCUAAGCGUCAUCCGCUUACAACAGAGACCAGAUGAAGUUGUGAAUGCUUACUUGUAAGACCAAAAACUUCCCCUGUAAGACUACCUAAGGUCACGGGUUCAAUUCCCACUCUGAUCAUGAUUUGUUGGGUCUCAUUCCCACUUCCACAUCA